GUCUCUUUUCAUCUCUCCAAAAGUCAAAGCUUGUCUUUUUCUAUAACUGUCCUCUCUCAAACAAAGUCAAGGCAAAAAAAAGGGCCAAGUAGAGAGAAUAUGGAAGCAGAUUGGGAUCUACACGCGGUGGUCAGAGGCUGCACCGCCGCCGUUGCCACCACCACCACCACCUCUAGCAGCAGUAGUACCAUUACCACUAUUUCUAGCUCUACAAAUAUUCACCAAGUUGACAACUUUAUUUGUUUUCAAGAUUAUUUUGAGCCAAAAUUUGACACCACAAAUGUUGUUCAAGAGUUGCAUAAUCUUUACAAGCCUUUUGUUAUUGGAGGAUUGCAAGAUCUAUCACCCCAUAAUCAAACACUAAAACAGCAGCAAAAACUACACAAUCAUCAGCUUAUUACAGGACUAAUUCAGCCCAAGCAUUUCACAACUAGUAAAACUAGUGCGUCCCGUCGUACUUCACAUACUCAGAUGAGUCCAAGAAUCCAAAAAAGGAAGAACAAGCUGAAGAAGGUAUGCCAAGUGCCUGCUGAGGCUUUGUCUUUAGACAAGUGGGCUUGGAGAAAAUAUGGGCAAAAACCCAUCAAAGGCUCCCCAUACCCUAGGGGAUAUUACAAAUGUAGCAGUUCAAAGGGCUGUUUGGCCCGAAAACAAGUGGAUCGAAAUAGAUCCGACCCUAACAUGUUCAAUAUCACCUACACUUCAGAACACAAUCACCCUAUGCCUACUCACCGGAGUUCCCUCGCCGGAAUCGCCCGCCAAAAGCCGGUGAACUCAAAAGCCAGUUCUGCAGGUGAAACUAACAAACCCACCACCUCAUCACCGACGUGCCUCUCUCCGGUACCGGAAAAUCAAGAAUGCAAUAAUUAAGGAAGAGAAAGAAGAUAGUUUUUAGGACGACGAUGAAUUUGGCGUUUCCAGUAUAGCAUUGGAUGACUUUCCGAGGACUAUGAAGUUUCAGAUGGUGGCAAAUAACGCUGCAACCACCGUAGACGGCAGUGGUUGACUCAGCUGAAAAAGUCAAUGUUAUAUCAUACUCUUUUUCAGCAAAUUACUGAGUACAUAAGAUAUUUCACCA